UUCCAACAUUAUCGGCGUCGGUGUCGCCGACGCCGAUGGUAGUUGGUUGGAAGUCAACGGCGAGCUCUUACGGAUGCUUCAUUGCACCGAAGAAGAGUUCAACCGAGACGGACUUCGCUGGUACGACAUGACGCCGCCGGAAUACCUUCCGCGUGACAUCGAAGGCAUCGAGACGGCCGACAAAGAAGGUGCGUGCGCCGCCUACGAAAAGGAAUACAUCACCAAAGAUGGUGCCCGGGUUCCUAUCACGCUUGGCUAUACCCCCGUCGAAGAUCGACCUGGCGAGUACAUCUGUUUCGUGCUCGACCAGUCGCGACUGAAGGAAACCGAAAUGGCUCUGAAGCAGAGUCAGGCCGAAUUCUUCCAAUUGGCCGAUGCCAUUCCACAGAUGGCGUGGAUGACGCGUGCCGAUGGUUACGUCGAUUGGUUCAAUCAACGCUGGUACGAAUAUACCGGCACCACGCAGGAAGAUUGUCUCGGCUGGUCGUGGACCAAGUGCAUCGAUCCAAACGAACUUAAUCGCGUCAAAGCGGCGUGGGAUAAAAGCAUCGCCACCGGAGAACGCGUCGAUAUCGUCGCUCCGAUUCGUGCGGCCGACGGCACUGUCCGCCCAUUUCUGACACGUGCUUUGCCGCUGAAGAACGACGAAGGCGAGAUC